AUGCAAACCAUUGAACUUGGAAUGCCUGCAGCAUCUAAUACCUCUUCUGUAUCCAGCAAAACAAAUCCAUCAAAGUUAACUACCAGCUUUGAUGGCAAUGUAAUGGACGCACAAGAUCCUUACUUUACGGUUACUAGAAAACUACACGCACUAGCUGAUAUUGUUGAUGCUCAACAAAAGGAGAUUGAAAACCAAAAAAAAGAAAUCCAUUCGAAAACGAAAUGUGUUGAAGAAUUACAGCUUCUUUUAGCAAGUACGAAACCUCCUAUUGAUGUAGGACUUACUUUAAAUAAUUAUGCUUCUGGAAGCCCUUCUUUGGCCGCAACAUCUGUACCCUCAGCUACUACUUCCGAUAAUGGAUUGCAGGCGCCAAAGCUAAUGCACCCUAGUUCCAGUGGUGUGGGUAGCCUCUACACGCUUUCUAAUACAGCGCCAUCUGCUUUAAGCGAUGUUUCGGCCUCCCUCAACUUCCCUAGAAAACCUGAAUUACCAAGCCGAAAAUCGACUUCCUCCAACUCAUUUUCACUUUCCAAAGGUUUGAGUAAUGAAAACUACUCGUCUGCUUCAUCGACAUCUGAUAUCCUUGAAUCAUCUAAAGCUAUAGACAGGAAAACUAAACUAACAUCUACCCCUUGGGAUUUAUGCAAUAACAAUCAUUCUGAUUUUACUUUGGCCAAUUUACAAAUAGAUGGAACUAAACCGACUAUUGCUAACAGCCCUUUAUCAAACUCCUCUAAACAUGGUAUUCAAAAAUCUGUAUUCUCAACCAAUGCGGAUAUCGCUAGUACUGAUCAAUCUGCUUACGUUCGUGACCUAUGGCCUAAUGAAACAACUGCAAGCAUGACCUCUGCAACUUUAGGAUCAAAUCUUGUAUCAGCCUUAAAAGCUCCUUCAUUGAGCUCUUCAAGAAGCUCUUCUUAUACGAAAGGUUCCUCCGGUUCAAAUGUACCGUCAAUUUGGGAUCCUUCUAACAAUGCAGCAUUGCCUAUUGUUAAUGACUCUACAAAUCCUCGUGAAAAUGCUAUCCGCUACAGAAAGUUAUCUGAAAGAAAUGCUGUUUACGAUUGGAAUAUUAUUGUUAACAAAAUUAUAUUAAACAAUGAUCAGCAAUCCUCUAUUUUCCUUCAACAAAAACUAAAGAUGGCAUCUCCUGAGAUUAAACAAGCUAUCAUAGAUUGUAUAUUAGUUCAGGCCUGUCCGUUGAUGUUGAAUAGAUUUGGUAAUUUCUUAAUUCAACGUUGCUUUGAACAUGGCACCCCUCAUCAGAUUCGAGUUAUUGGUUCUACUAUCAUGGGGAAUAUGUACAAAUUGGCAACUGAUCCUUUCGGAUGUCAUGUCGUACAGAAAGCAUUUGAUAAUAUCGACGAAGAUAUCAAGUAUUCCAUGAUGGAGGAAUUGUUCUUAACGAUUAAUGAAACUAUAAUGCAUCAUUAUGCUUGUCAUGUUUGGCAAAAACUCUUUGAAACACGUUGGUUCAAAUAUCCAGUGAAUGUUAUGGACCGAGUAAAUAUAGCCUUAAAAGGAAAAUGGCAUGAGGUAGCUCUAGGAGAAAAUGGAAGUUUGGUUGUUCAAAACAUGUUUGAAAAUUGCGUUGAGAAGGAUAAGCAAGAUUGCAUUGAGGAAGUCAUUCUGCACCUUGACCUAAUUGUACGUGGUCAAUGGGGUAAUUGGGUAAUUCAACACAUGGUUGAGAAUUCACAAGGCGAAGCUUUACGACGCGUGGUCGGUGCUCUGCUUCUACGGGCUACAGAGUAUAGUGUGGAUCAAUAUGCCUCCAAGGUCAUGGAAAAAGCAAUUAAGUUUGGCCCAAGGGAUUUUAUUUCUUUAUAUCUAAAACAAAUCACGAACGCCAGAAUGGAUCGAACAAGACAGCCAUUAAUUGACAUUGCAUCAGACCAAUAUGGUAACUAUUUAAUCCAACAGAUAAUUCAGCUUGCUCAACCCAGUGACCGCACAACUGUGAUUACGCAUAUAAAAAAGCAUAUGGUAUCUCUUCGCGGAAGCAAAUAUGGCCAAAAGGUCGCAUUCCUUGCCGAGAAAUGGAAAACCCAGAACCCACAGUUCGUUUCGAACACUGGUUUUGAUUAA